GAAGAAGAAUAACUCAGCAGAGCAAGCAGACCCUGUUCUUCAGCAAGUGGGAAUAGGGUUCUGCUCUGCAGAUCUGAUAAUCUCAGCCGUUGAUCUGCCAGCCAUUCAUGGGUAUUUUGUUUACUCGAAUGUUCUCGUCGCUGUUCCUUAACAGAGAGGCGCGGAUUCUUGUUCUUGGUCUGGACAAUGCGGGCAAAACUACAAUUUUAUAUCGGCUUCAGAUGGGGGAAGUUGUCUCCACAAUUCCAACAAUUGGGUUUAAUGUGGAAACGGUGCAGUACAAUAAUAUCAAAUUUCAAGUAUGGGAUCUAGGUGGCCAGACAACUAUCCGGCCAUAUUGGAGAUGCUAUUUCCCAAAUACGCAAGCCAUCAUUUACGUUGUCGAUUCCAGUGACACUGAUAGACUAGUAAUAGCCAAAGAUGAAUUUCAUGCGAUUUUGGAGGAGGAAGAGUUAAAAGGUGCAAUUGUCCUCAUUUUUGCAAACAAGCAGGAUCUACCUGGUGCACUUGAUGAUGCUGCCGUAACUGAGGCCUUGGAGUUGCACAAGAUUAAAAACCGUCAAUGGGCAAUUUUUAAAACUUCUGCCAUAAAGGGUGAAGGCCUAUUUGAGGGUUUGGACUGGCUGAGCAAUACCCUCAAGUCAGGAGGUGGCUAACUUCGUUAGAGAAGAAUCAGGGUAAAUGUGCAGCUCUCCAGCCAUAUACAAAGUAGUGAAGACAAAAUUAUCAUUACUUUGGUAUGAAUUGCGAGAUGAAAGUUUAAGGAUUGGGGGGUUAAGUCAUUGGGAUAUUGUUUUUGGGAUGAGAAUAGUUCAAACAAGUUUUUACUAUAAAAUGGUGCUAAAGGAUUUCCCUUUAAUUUUGUUCAUAUUUACUGGU